GAAAUGGUUUCUUCGAAAAUGCUAGUAACAUCGAUCAACUGUCGAUUAUCUAUCGAUCACCUGUCAAUCGUAUACAUAAAUAUAUAACUUAAAAUUGAAAGUAAUGUCACGAUCGAUAGGUUAAUAUUUUGUUGAUAUAUAUUUAUAAAUUCGUAGUAAAAAAUUUAUAGUUGCAAAACAUUAUAAAAAUGCAAUAUGCAAUGGGAACAAACAGAAUGCAUAUACUCUCGAGGAGACAAUGUGGUAUCCUCGGACAAAGAUACUUGGAUCGAGAAUUCGAAGAAUGAUUAUGAUAAUAUAAAAAAUAUUGAUCCUAAAUGGCAAAUAUCUUUAAUUUCAGAAAAUUGUAUGAUCAAAAAACAUAAUCAAGGUUGGCAGAUCUGUCCGAAAAAUAUGGAUGAAAAUCAGGAGGACGUGAAGAUUAUAGUCGAAGAGAAAAAAAGUGCUGCUAUAUGUUGUAACCGUGACAAUAUCGAUGAUCUUUUGGAAGAAGAAAAUAAAGAAAACGAAUCCGAUCAUGGCAGUAUAUUGUUAAAAGAAUGUUUGAGACUAUUAACAACCUCCGACGCAAGAAUUAAUUUCAUAUUAAAAAUUUUAACGAAAGCUUUGAACGAACGCAAGAUUUUCGUGAUUUCUGGAAUAUUCCCGGUAAUAAGAAGACCUUUGAAUAAACGUGGUUGGAUUGAAAAAAAAGCUAUUAGAAAAAUGAUUUCGUUGGCAUGUGUAACGAACGAAGGCGGAUUAGACCAAGUAGAGAAGUUAUUACGACAACCUGCUAACUUUAUAUGGUAUACCAACAAGAAGGCAGUUGCGAUACGAACGGACGAAAAAACGUUAAUAAACAAAUUUGCAGGAUGUUAUUUCACGUCAAAAAUCGAUAUGUGUAAUAAUUUAGAAAACGUUUCUUGGUUUUACGAAGCUGGUGUAUCUAACAUUCAAUUUCCUCGAUGUUACAAUUUUUAUCAGACCAUACAAAUCGAAGAAUUCAAACACGAUUUUUAUAUCACUGCAUGUACUGGAAUUUUGAAAUGGUUUUUGUUUUUAACAAGUAUAGCAGGACCUAACUCUGCAUGGGCUCCGGAUGGAACAAUUCCUAUAAAUGCAAUUUUAUUUGCUCUCGAACGUUGUGUGGAAUAUUUAAGCGUAAGAAUACACGAAGACAUAGAUAGAGAUGAUUACAAAGACGCUCCUGCAACCGUUUGGAAUCAAUUUUUAGAUUGGUAUGGAAAUAUAAUAAAUCAUCAUGCCAUUUUAAAAACAAAUGACAAGGUUGAUAUAAACGAACUGUUAACGUUAACUGAUAACAUUUUAAGAGAGAUGUCAAAGUGUCGUCCACAAAGUCGUGUUGAUGGUAUGCGAAAUAUAUGGAUUUUAAAGCCUGGUGAUAAGAGUCUAGGAAGAGGUAUUGUUCUUAAAAAUUCUUUGAACGAUAUAUUGCAUAAAGUAAACCAAGCUGCGAAGGAGGGAAUGCAAUAUGUUGUUCAGAAAUAUAUUGAACGGCCAUUACUUGUUCACAAGACAAAAAUAGAUGUUAGACAGUGGUUUCUAAUAACCAGUACGCAACCGCUCAUUGUAUGGAUGUAUAAAGAUAUUCUAAUACGCUUUGCAUCAAGAAAUUUCACGCUCGACGAUUUCCACGAGUCUAUUCACUUGUGUAAUACAACUGUGCAAUACAAAUAUAGAAAAUUACCUAGAACCAAUCUACAUUUACCAAACGAAUUCCAUUGGGAUCUUCAAAAUUUUAAAGACUAUCUCAGAUCGAGAAACGAAGAGACAGCAUGGGAAAAAAUUAUCAGACCAAGUAUCAAACAGAAUCUGAUAGGUGCCCUAUUAGCAUCUCAGGAUUAUAUGGUGAAUCGGAAGAAUAGUUUUCAAUUAUAUGGUGCAGAUUUUGUAAUAAUGGACGAUUUUUCUGUUUGGCUCAUUGAAAUCAAUACGAAUCCUCGAUUACAUCCACCUAGUAGUACUGUUACUGCAAAACUUUAUCCAGAAGUUAUCGAAGACACCAUAAAAAUUAUUAUAGAUCGUCGAAAAGGUCGAAAGACGUUACAUGGUAAAUUCGAAUGCAUUUUCAAACAACGUCAUGCAUUUUAUGGGGUCAACGUUUUAGGUCAAGGAACAAGUCUUGGUAUACGAGGGAAAAAAAUCUGAUAUUAACGUUCUGAUCUAUUAAAAAAUAACGAAUAAGUCCGUAAAAA